UGCUCAGGAAGCCUCUGAGUUUACGUGGCAGAGUCCCUGCUGCCUGGCAACCGGGAGAGAUACACUGGAGAGAAGGAUCGAGCCGAGGCAAGACAAAACAAAACAAACACUCGAGCAAGGAGCCAACCUUAACUGGAAGACUUUCUGAGCAACUCUGAGUGAGAAAAUGCAUGAUCUGGACGCAGCGGGUAAAAUGACUGAGUUCAACUUUCACGCCCCAUCCACGCUGACCUGCCGGACCGACUGUUCGGCCCCUCGCUGCGGCUCCUGCUAUACCUGCACGCUGCAGCGCAGGCUAGCCUCCACCAAGCAGUGGUUCCUGCGAGCUGGGGACAUCACCAAGCAGCAGUUCCUCAUCGGGCUGGUCCGCAGGGUUGACAGCCUGGAUCUCCUGCUGCAGCUCAACAGGCUCCUGCAGCCCACCCUCAGCAAAGACUUCACCCACUCCCGCUCGUCUGCUAACCCCAGCCUGCCCGAGGACUUCAGCACCCUGAGCUCAGACCGCUCCCUGAACAAGCUGGAUUUGCACAACUAUGUGACCAGCGCCUGGGAGUGGUUUACUGGCUCCAAGCGUUGGACCAAAACAAACUACCUGCUGGGCUUAUUCCAGCUGUGCGAUAUCAAGCAUCUACAUCACAUUGGGAAUCUGAUCCGAACACUUAUAAUCGGCAGGAGCACUCCUGAAUUCUUUGAAUGGAAAGGUGAAGAGAAAGAUGAAGAUGAUAACUUGCUGCAUGAAUCGAAUUCUACCUUUCGGACGGAUGAACAUCCUGAACUGGAGCAGCUGACUGAAAUCUGGCCUGAGUAUUCAGAAGUCACACUUGAAAUGCUUCCAUCGAGCCUGUUGUAUCGACCGGAAGACAAGACUGUUGCAGCAUCAAGACUUGGUCUUCAGUUGAAGAGCAAGAAGACAAAGAAGAAGCAAAUAGUGUCCUCGAGAAUAGCUAAUGAGUCACCUGUUAUUGUUGAACCUCCAAUACCGAUACGUAUAACUUCACCUUUUGAGGCUACUUCAGGAGUCACAUAUCAUAAGGACUUCAUCCGCUGUCUUCCUAUUCAUCUGGCAAAAUAUGUUCUUGGCUUUCUAGAUCAGAACUCUCUCCAAAACUGCAUGCUUGUGUCACGCCAUUGGGCCUACCUGGGAAAGGAGUUUACAAGGGAUAAACUAGCCAUCCAAUGCAUUUUUGAUGAAAUCACAAAGUUACAGGCUACAGCUCCUCACAAUAUUAACACAGUGUAUGCAAAGAUCUGUCAAAUUCCAGUACCAAGAAUAGAUGAGAAGGGAUUCACCAUACCAACACAAAAUUUGAAGAAAAAGAUUGGAUUGGCAGCAUCAUACAUUGGCAUCCAUACUGACAUUGUGCAAAUGGAGGAGAGAAACGUCUACUGUGGUCCAUACAAUAUAAUAGUCAUCAAACAAUUUACGGACGUUUCCAGGGUCAUUCACUAUGAUGGUGGACAAUGGAUAGCUAUAGCCUCUGGAGACAGAAGGAUAAGAUUCUUGGAUAUCAACCAUUCCAAAGAUGUACCCCGUUCAUUGAGUGGACAUGCUGGAGCCAUCAAGGCAGUGAUUCUUUGUGAAGAGCAAGGUUUUCUCCUUAGUGGAAGCUAUGACCUUACUAUCAGAAAGUGGAAUCUGAAGACUGCAACGUGUGUGACCAUGUACCGGGGCCACACAGGAUUUAUUACCUGUCUUAGCCUACAUGAGAACAUGCUUGUAUCAGGAUCAACGGACUGUCAUGCUAAAGUGUGGGACCUUCAGAAAGGAACCUGUUUUCAUACCUUCAAGCAAGACAAAUCAAUUCUAUCAGUGGCUAUCAAUGCAACAUAUGUGGUGAGCGGCAAUGAGAAAGGAGUAAUCCACGUGUGGAACAUCAAACCUCCUUCAUUAGUUAAGGUUCUGACUGGUCAUAUAAACUCAAUCACGUGUAUGACUUUUGAUCAAUGGCAUUUGAUCAGUGGAAGCAAGGAUAAAUGUAUUAAGGUGUGGAGUAUGAUGGGAAAAUUUAGUGACUGUUUAAUGACUUUCAAGCAUCCACAGGAAGUGCUAUGUCUGCAAUUUGUUUACCUUCGUGUUAUCAGUGGAUGCAGAGAUGGAAAGAUUCGAAUUUUUGACCUAUUGAAUGGUAUCUGUCUAAGAAUGAUGAGAGCAACUGGCCAUGGAGAUCCUGUGCUAUCCAUACAUAUUGCUGGAAAUAGGAUGGUAAUAAACACAAUGUCCAAUGUGGUGAAAUUUCAGUUUGAGGAUAUUGUAUGGGAUUACAAAGCUAAAGCAUCAAUCCUUGAUGCCUCAACACCACAGGACAAAUUUAAAAUGGCACCGCUGAGGAAACAACCAUACAGUUAUGUACGUGCUCAGCGCAUGAGAAGGAUUGGUUCAACCAAUGAAAAGAUCUACCAUAGACAGGAGAAGUUUUCAAAAGAUGGUCUGUUCCACCACGCACGAUUCUUGUCAGCUAGAUGCAUGAAAGCAGCACAGAGGAUUCAGUCAGACUCCAUGAAAGCUCUCAGCUUGAGGGAAUCCCAAUAUCGAGAUCACAGUCUGCAGUCAGAAUUCGACUUGAAGCCACCCUCAGCAUACAUGAGUAGUUCAGAAAUGCUCACACAAAAGCAUUUAAAACAGGAUGCAGACUCCAGAAUUUUGUAUGGUGAAAGGCCUAAAUCAUUGUCUGCAGCUUCUAGAUUUUUGUCAGUGAGUGAGCAGGACGCAUUAAAACGCAUUAAAAGACAUAAGUUCUACAAGCCCAAAACUGUAGACCAGAUUUACUUGACUGUCAAUGCUAUCCACAAUUACCUCAGAUUUGAUGAAACAUCAAUAAACACUCUCUACAACAAUUCACUUUCAGAAGAUUGGGGUCAACUUCUUUGUCCUUUUGAAGACACAGUGAAAAAGGGAAGUGAUACAGCAAUGAAGAAGACUACUGUCAAAAUCAGUGACACUGUUGAUGCUGUUGGACUAAGAGAUGACUGCAUUGAUGUCAAAACACUUAUGGCACCUUUUGAGUUGAAAAUGAAAAAAUUUAAAGAGAAAGACAAAUUUAGUGGUUUGGACACAAAAUGUUUUGUCACAAAACCAAUGAUAAAACGAUCAAAAUCAGCAGUAGCCUUUGUGGACUCUGUCAAAUUUAGACGUGCAAAGGAUCGACCCCAAACUGCAGUUGAAGAAAUCAAUAAGAGCAUGAGCUCUAGAACAACUAGCUCCAACAAUGGAUCUCGAGCCAAAGCCUUCAUACUUACAGAUUCUGCAACUGCCACUAUAGAACCCAAACACAAGUUGCAGUACAUAGUUGACAUAAAUCCAUAUCGAAACAACAGUGGCUUCACUCUUUCGACAAUGACACAACAAAAGGAAUAUGCAGAGAAAAUUGCGAAGGACCAUAAUGGUCAACAGCAAAGAACAAGCAACAUACACAGUUAGGCAGAAGGCUUCGUUAAAGAAAGAUGAAAAGUCUUAAGUUGGACUUAAUUUGCAUAAAUGAACUGAUGAAAUCUCAUGUUAAAAGUGGUUCACACAUAGUAAUAUAUUGAAUAAUGGUAACGAUAAAUAGUUUGCACGCUGUACAGGAAAUAUUAUACGUAUGUUUGUAUGUGUCAACACUACGUUUUAAGUGACAAUCUGAAUAAGAUGCAUAAGGUAUAAUAUCAAAGGGGUUAGUUCAGCAGAACGAUUUGUGCUGCAUUGGCAAUAUUGAAGGAUUGAUUACACCAGGUUAAGUUGUUACAAUACGGAAGUGAAUCCCUCUGUUAAUUAAACCAAACA